AUGAUUGUGCUGGAUCUGGACGAUUGUCUGAAGUGCCGCAAGCUUGGCGAAGGGUGCACAGCCGAUGUGUACCUCCUCCAGAGACCGAGUGGUGAGGAGAGUGCCGUCAAGGUGAUCCCUGUGGGCAGGGAACGAAACAUGUACGGCGAGCUACCCAUGCCGCUGGCCAGCAUCAUUGCCGAAGGUGUCAUAACAAGAGAGCUAAGCAACCUGCGCCUUGGUCAGAUGAACCAGACGUCAACUUUCAUCAAGCUUAAGGGGAUAUACUUUGUUCAAGGGACUUACCAUCCCGUCUUGGCUCAAAGCUGGACAGAGUAUAAUUUGCAGUGGUUCUCAGAAAACUCUGACCCCUCAAACUUUGAGGAAACGCAGUUUUACGUGCUUCUCGAGUUCGAGAACGGCGGCAAAACACUGGAGCGUUUCAAGGGCACCAUAGAGCAGCUGGAAAGCAUAUUCUUGCAGGUGGCCUGCUCACUGGCUGUGGCCGAGCUGGAGCUCGAGUUCGAGCACCGCGAUCUUCACUGUGACAAUGUUCUGGUGAAACGCACAGAGCAGGACUGCGUCGAAUUCAUGCUGAAUGGUCGAAAAAUGCUGGUGCGCACUGCCGGCGUCAAGGCUUCCAUCAUUGACUACACAUUGUCACGCAUGCGCAAAGGCAGGAAUGUGGUGUACACAGACGUGUCGGAUGACACGGCACUUUUCAAGGGCAUCGGGAGUUCCCAGUAUGACGUCUAUCGCAUCAUGAAGGACGAAAACGGGUGCGACAGCUGGCUUUGUGGAGCAGUUUCAACGGCUCUUGAACAACUCUGCUGUCGCGACAAGCUGCAAGUUGUUCUGAAAAAUCUGGACUGCUGGAUAACUUGGCACAAAAACUUCUGAAGCGUGUGCCUGCAGUCCGUCGUGCUGUGUGCUGGGGAACGGCGUCGCGGUUGAAAGAAAAAUGCACAGAUUCCUGGAACAAGCAUCUGGCCAGCCCCUCAAUUGCUUUGCUUAAUUAUAGUUAUUAUAAAGCGUGCAAGUUUUGGGACAAAGUGUGGAGUCAUUGGUUUAUUAAAAGUUACAAGUAUGCA